AUGAAAGAUGAGGUAGGUCCCAACAGGAUGAACGAGAACCCAAACCAGACGUACGUGUCGUCUCAAUCUCCGCGUUAUGUAUAUGAAGUCUGCCCUUUUGAAGACCAAUCGCCAUCUCCCAAUGAAAGAUUCCGGAACUCUUGGGAAAAUAUGCUCAAGCUCGAGCAGAACAACAUAUGUGGUUUAUUCGAGUCACUAGAUACAGAAAAAUUUCGCCAAGAAACAUGGACCAGGAAAAACUCCAAGAAGAAAAAAAUAGGCUCAGGAAUAACAAGGAUCCUCGAAAAUGGACGAGUCUUUGAAAAAUGUGCAGUGAAUUACUCCUGUGUGUAUGGAACCAUUGACAGAGAGACUGCCAAGCAAAUGUGCGUCAAUCAGUACAAUAAAGAGUACAUAAAUAGUAAGGAAAUUUGCUACUCGGAAGAUCUUAACCCUAUUAUUUCUCGUAUCAUAAACAACGGAGGGUUAAAGGUAGUUCGAGAGAAAUACAAGUACUAUGCUUCUGGGUUAUCUAUCAUAUCGCAUCCCGUAAACCCUAAUGCACCUUCCAUCCAUAUGAACUUUCGCUUUUUCCAAGUAUUCAUGAAAACGGGGCGUAAAAAAAAGAAAAGCAUCCCAACUGCGAAUAGUACGAACACGGCAUAUAGCAACGCCAGCCUUGUAGGAAGCGUUAGCGCAAACGCAUAUGCCGCUACCAAUAAAGGAUGCCAAAAUGGGCAUCUCACCAAUGUGAAUGCAGGUGUUAGCAGCACGAGCACUGCAAAGAGUCAUAUAGAUAAUAACUACCGAAGUUUGAAACAUUGGUUUGGGGGAGGAUGUGAUUUGAGUCCAAAUUAUAUUUUCCCAGAAUUAUUCAUCCAUUUUCAUCACUCAUUUAAGGUAGUCUGUGAUAAGUACAAUCACUUAUUUUACAAAUAUUUCAAAAAAUGGUGUGACUUGUAUUUUCGAAUUAGGCAUAGAAAUAUAAGUAGAGGGAUUGGAGGAAUAUUUUUCGACAAUUUAUUGGACAACACUAUAAGGACAAAGUCAAAAGGGAAAGGGAAAAAUGGAAAAGCCAGAGAAUUGCAAAAUAUGAGUACCAACCUUAGCAACAGAAACGGAAGUAAUUUAAACGCUACCUAUAAUAACACCAAUACGAAUAAAAAAAAUCCCUCCAAUGAGAACUCAUGUAAAUGUCAUAGCUGCAACCCUAUCAUGGAUAACAGCUACAGAAUGAUUUUUUUAUUUGUCCAAGAAUGCAUCAUUAAUUUUCGUAAAUCCUACCUCUACAUUCUCGCACAAACAAUUCAUUGUAAGUAUGACGAUAAUAUGGUUAAUUGGCAGAGGGUCUGCCGGGGCAGGUAUGUAGAAUUUAAUUUAAUAUAUGACCGAGGGACUAAGUUUGGACUCGAAUUGAAUACUUACAAAACUUACAGGAGAAGAAAAGCAUCGGAGAAGAUUGAAAGUUAUGCCUCCACCUUUUUGAAGGAUGAAAUAUUUUCCGACCAGAAUUCUGAGUACUUAUCAGAUGAGCAUGAAAAGAUCGACAACGUUUUUGCUUCCCUCCCCCUGAAGUGCGAAUUUUUUUACAAGUACAAAAUUGUGAAGUUUUCGCGCGAGUAUGAGACGCUCCAGGUGUUGAAGCAUCCGAAGAGGUGGAUCAACUACUAG